CCACUUAGACCCCACUGCCCGACCUGCUCCUGCAGCUCUGAGGUGCUGUUCAAAUCUAAAGCUCACAUUCGUUGGGAUUAACGUUUUUUUUUUUUUUUUUUUCUAAAGAAGACUUAGUAGUAUUGUAAAAGGGAUAUUUACUAAACAUUUCUUCGAUUUCACGAGCAACGAGUUUCGAGACGUCAAAUUGGAAUUCUUUUGGGAGAAGCAAACAGGAUAAGCACGUGUAAAAGGUUAUCACAUUAAGUUAUCUGAGGGCUGGGCAUUUCCUGAGAAGUCCUCACGACAACGAAACCUCUGAGCCUCCAUCUCUUGAUCAAUGCUAUGUUUUAAACUCUGAAAUAAGCAGCGCAUCAAAAUAUAGUGCUUGUGGCCAAGAACUGCUCAAUUGCUUGGACUGAAACAUUGUUUUUAGCAAUUCUCACUACUAGAGUUUUACAUUUGGUUCCAGUUCAGCAGUUUUAACACACGAUCUGUAAUUUGAAUAGUUCACCAUUGGACGAUAGUGGUAACAUUUUUUUACUAUAGUUAUCUGAGCAGAUCCUAAGACUGUCUUUACAAAAUACAUACACAAUCGAAGGCAAAAUCAAGAAAAUAAGAGAACAGUGAGUGAGGUACCAUAGACUGAAACCCUGAUCUGCCUGACACAGCUUAAAGGCUAAUAUUCUGGAGAGAUGGGGUACCGAUGCAAAAGAUGCAAAAAGUGUGAAAGAUGCGAGGAUGGAGACGAAGAUGAAAGAUGCACAUGUAGGUGUAAUGAGGAAUGGUGCUGUACAUGUGCAUGCAACGUAGGAUCAGACUGCGAUGUCAUCCAGAAAGCUGGUGCCAUCGGUUUGGGUACUGCUGCAGCAAUUGGUGGCAUUGGACUUACAGUUAUGACAGGAGGUCUCGCCCUUCCGUUGCUCGGAGGUGUUGUGGCAGGGGCUGGCAUCAGUUCGGCCAUCAACGGGACGGUCAAGACUGCCAAAGGAGAGAAGAUCAGUGGCUCGGAGUACCUGACUGAUGUAGCAAUUGGUGGCGCGACAGGGGUUAUUGGAGGCGUCGGUGGCAAAGUGACGGAGGGCGUAGCGAGAGCAGCUGUCACAAACGUUGCGAGAGAGACGUGCAAGCGAGGAGCCAUUAAGCUUGGGGUGAGGGCCGUUGGCGGAGCUGCCACGGGAUUAGCCAGCACUGCCGUCGGCGAGGUUGGGAAUUGUGUGAAAGGAAAGAAGUGGACAGAUUACGGCAAUGAUCCAGAAUCCUGGGGCGCGGGAAUGGUACUGGGCAUCGGAGGUGGCACCGUCUCUCACAUAACCUCAAACACGUGUAAGCUUAUGCCCCAUCGGGAAGGAAAGGAAUGUGUCAAAUUUCUUCAUAAGACUGCCUGGUCAACACAAAAAGCAGCAGUCAGUAUUGACAAGAAAUUAAGGAAGAAGUAGACGGAAAAUGAGUUGUUCCUGUGUUUGUUUGUUUUGUGCCUUGAGGGAC